AUGAAGACCUUUGUUACUGAGGCUCUCCUCCUGUUGCUGAAGGCUCUGCUGUCCCUGACCAGCUAUCAAGAGGGUACCAUCUUUCUUGGCUUUUUCCAAACUCUCUUCACUGUGCGUGGCCUCCCUAAUCCCCAGUUCAUCAGUGUUGGCUUUGUAGAUGACAUACAGUUUGAGAGAUUCAACAGCAGAAGAGAUGUUCAGAGGACAGAGCACUGUGCACCGUGGAUAGAUCAAAAGAAACCAGAGGACUGGAAGGAUAGCACAGACCAGGUCCUGAGCUAUUUUCAGGAUUUCACGGAGGUACUGCAAAGGAUGCUCAAAAUCUACAACUACAGUUCAACUGGGUGUCACAUACUCCAGAGGAGAUAUAGCUGCUAUGUCCUGCUGCAAAGGUAUUUCAAUCACGCAUUCUUUGAAUUAGCCAUCAAUGACCACGAUUACAUCAGGCUGAAUAAGGACCGGAGGACUUGGACCCUAGUUGGCAAGUUUGUUGAGAUGCUCAAGGAAGAGUGCAAUACAUCAGGUUUUACAGAAAGUGUGAAGAAUUACCUGGAGUAUAAAUGCAUGGAAGCACUUCUCACAGAGCUGGAGUAUGGGAAGGAGAUUUUACUGAAAACAGACACCCCCAAAACACAUGUGACCUAUAAGGUCAGAUCCCAAAAAAAAAUCACUUUAAGGUGCUGGGCCUUGAACUUUUACCCUGCUGAAAUUACCCUAAUCUGGGAAAAGGAUGAGAGCAGCCAAACUGCACACAUGGAGGUGUCAGAGCCCAGGCCUUCAGGGGAUGGAAUCUUCCAGAAGAGGGCAGCUCUUGUGGUUCAGUCUGGAGAAGAGCAGAGAUACACAUGUCAUGUGAAUCAUGAGGGGCUGCCUGAGCCCAUGACCCUGAGAUGGGGCAAGGACUGGAAGGCCGGAGACCACCAUCUCUUCCUGGCUACUGUUAUUGCUGUUAUUCUUGGAGCUCUGUUCAUGGGAUCAAUGAUGACUUUUCUGAUAUGGAAGAGGAAAACUAGAGUUGGAGAACUGGGCUUUGCAUUGAUCACCAAAUCUAACUGGUAUUUCCUGAGGUGUAAUAUGUAA